AUGGGCACGGCAGGUGCCAGUCCCCAUGCUGUCGCGUCAACCGCUGACCGCAAUCUGCACAUGCACGCCAUCCAGUACUACCAGCAGGCGAAGGACUGCCUUGCGCGCCGCGCCGUGCACCCGCAGUUGUGGGACCGGAUCCAGCUUGAGCUGGGCGGCACGCAUCUUGGGGUUGCGGCGCUGCUGGCGAGUGCUGCCCCCGGCCUUCGCGACGAUACGCACGUGGACUCGUACCUCAACAGCGCCAUCGCCAUCUUUGCAGACAUCAGCCGCAACCUCACGUCCGCGUCCGCCACCGCCGGCCGGCACGACAACGCGGCCUGGAUCAGUGCAAUGCGUCGCGCUGUGUCGCUGAAGCUCGGGGAGGCGCAUCAUCGCCUUGGUCUCGUGCACCGGCGGUGGGCGGCGGCGGCAGCACGCACUGCUGCCAGCAAGGCGAGCAAGGUGGCAGAGAGCCACCUCAACAAGGCGCUGUCGUACUACGCCAUGUACCCGGACGAAACGGCCGGGCUUGUGCUGCAGGUGCACUUUGAACGGGCCACGCUGCACAGCAGCGCGCACGGCCGGCACAGCGGCAGCCCCAGUGUUGGUGCGUUGAAGCGAAGUCUGCGGGACUUGCUUGCAUGCAAGGACGCCCUGGCCACGCUGCUGAGGGCGCGACGGGCCUGCGCCACCGACGCGCACUCGUCAGUGUCCACGCAGGUUGCCGAUGGCGCACCGAGCCUGCCGCUGGCGGUGCAGGUGCGAAAGACCAGCGCCGGCCCGUCCUCGCUGGCGGAGCUGCGAAACCCAGAGAGGCACAGGAAGACGGCACGCUCGUCGUAG